AUGUCGGAUCAAGAAAAUAAAAUAAAAAGUAUUUCAGUUAUAGCAGAUCCAAUAUUGGAAGGAAAAUUAUUGGAACGUUGUUUAAAACUCUUAAGAAAAGUACAUGAAUAUGAAAGAGAAUCUAAAGAACAAUCUGGAAUCAAAAAUAAAAGAUUUAUACGCCGAGGAGUUCAUGAAGUAACUAAAAGUAUAAGAAAAGGUCAAAUAGGUAUUGUCUUCUUAGCUUGUGAUAUUUAUCCUGUAGAUAUUGCUGCUCAUAUACCAAUAUUAUGUGAGGAAAAAGAUAUUUACUAUGGUUAUUUGGGUAGUAAAAGGACUUUAGGGGCAGCUUGUAAGUCAAAGAGACCUGCAAGUGUUUUAAUGAUAGCAUUUAAUAAGGGUCAAAGUGUAAAAGAUAAACCAUUUGAGGAGUUAUAUCAUAAAGUAACAUCGGGUAUUAAAAAAAUACAUCCAUAUCUUUAA